GCCGCCCCAAUUGAGUUGGACUUGCGAAUUGAGUAGCUGGAGCUCCAUCUGCUCUGUUUCUCCUCGUUCUUUUUGACCCCUCGACGAGUUUGCGAGCGCGCGACGCACUUUACCAAAAUGAGCUACGUCACACGCAGGGCGCUUUCGACGCUCAUCCCGCCCAAGGUCGCUUCCCCGAAGGCCAUUGGGGCUGCCCCCGAUGCUCUCCGCAUGCAGCGCGUUGUCAACUUCUACGAGAAGCUUCCCCGGGGCCCGGCUCCCGAGGUCAAGCCCACCGGCAUUCUCGGCAGAUACCAGGCCAAGCACUUUGGCAAGAACCCGACGGCGAAGCCUAUUGUCCACGCCAUCGUCUUCCUCCUCGUUGUCGGCUACGCUCAGAACUACUACUUCCAUCUCCGCCAUCACAAGAACCAUGCCCACUAGGAGGGGCCGGAGGGAGAGCGUCCUUGACUGGUAAAAACAUGGGCGUGUACAUAAACUGUUUCCAAUAGACAGGGCGCCUAGCACGCACUGCAACAGAGUUCUCUUUGUCGCUCCUCAAUGGAAUCCCAGCUUGCGGGGCGGAUAUCUCGUCACAGCCAUUCCGAGUCUCGCAACAUUAUGCUUUAAGCUCAGCAAUGGACAGUUUGAUGUGAGGCGCUGCCGAGCUCUGGGAAGAACAUUGGGACGGCGCCUUCAUCCUGACUUGGUAAAUUGAGCUUUUGAUGCCGAAACAAAUGAAUCAACACUA